UUCAGGCACCCCCCACCCCCGCGUAAGCAGUCUUUAGCGGUUGAAGUCGGAGGUGAUAUAAAACAACAGAUUUAGUUUCUCUCUCGCUCUGUCGCUCUCUCUCUCGCUGUACAGCAGUAGCUUCCUGCUUCAGACACUGGUGUCGGAGCUGCGAACCGGGUUCGAAGGAGGCUGCUGCUGUGCAGUCGGAGGCUGCCGGGCAGAGAGCGGGAGGGCGGCAACGUCAGGCACCGAUAAUGUCUUCCAGGACGCGGGAGACCUGUUACUCCUGCGGCGCCUCUCCGCUGCCCCCCCAGAAGAACCGCGACACCUCCUUGGCCACCGGGGCUGCGAGCGGCGCCGGCAGGGUGUAAGUGCAGCCGACUGCAAGCCGUCGGAGAUGGGGAAGCCGUGGUGGAGCUGGUCGGCAGCGCCGGCAAGAGGUGUGGGAGCGGACGAAGGAGAGAGCGAGAGGGAGAAGAAAUGGGCCGAGCUGUUCCAGCGUUUUGACACGAAUAAGGAUGGACAGGUGGAUAUAAAGGAACUGGGAGAAGGCCUGCGAGCCAUGGGCAUAUCGAUGGAAGGCAACACUGAGCAGGAGAUCCUCCGGUCGGGGGACACGAAUCAGGACGGGCAGCUGAACCUGACCGAGUUCACGGAGUACCUGCGGCAAAACGAGAGGAAGCUCAAGCUGAUGUUUAAAAGCCUUGACCAGAACGAUGAUGGUGAAAUCGACGCCUAUGAGAUUCAGCAGGCACUCUUGAACCAGGGCAUCACGAUCACUCGCCAGCAAGCCGAGAAGAUCUUGCUGAGUAUGGACAAGGAUGGGACGAUUACAGUGGACUGGACUGAAUUUCGAGACCAUUUCAUCUUUAACCCACUCUCUAAAAUGGAGGAGAUUGUGGAACUCUGGAAACACUCGACGUUCUUGGACAUCGGGGAGUCCUUGACCAUUGUGGAUGAAUUCUCAGAGACGGAAAGAAAGACUGGGACCUGGUGGAGGCAGCUCUUGGCAGGAGCGAUUGCCGGCGCUGUGUCCCGCACCUGCACGGCACCCCUGGACCGGAUGAAGAUCUACAUGCAGGUCUUUGCGGCUAAGCGGAAGUUGAACCUGGCUGGUGUUUGGAAGAUGAUGGUGGCAGAGGGAGGAUACUUAUCCCUGUGGCGAGGGAAUGGGGUCAACGUGCUGAAAAUCACCCCGGAGACUGGCAUCAAAUUCAUGGCCUAUGAACAGUAUAAGAAGAUCUUCCUUGUCCAGAAGUCCACACUGGAGGUGCAUGAGCGGUUCAUUGCGGGAUCCCUCGCUGGCGUCACCAGUCAGACACUCAUCUUCCCGAUGGAGGUUCUGAAGGUCAGGAUGGGCCUGCGGAAGAGUGGCCAGUACAUGGGGAUCUUCCACUGCGCUCAGAACAUGAUGAAGAACGAAGGGCUCCGCGCUUUUUUCAAAGGCUAUGUCCCAAAUGCUAUCGGCAUCAUUCCGUACGCUGGGAUCGACCUUGCCGUCUAUGAAAGCGUCAAGAACCUGUACUUACAAAAUUACGGACGGGAGAGAACUGACCCAGGAGUCUUUGCCCUUCUUGGCUGCGGCACCAUCUCCAGUACCUGUGGUCAACUGGCGAGCUACCCGUUGGCACUCAUUCGUACCAGGAUGCAAGCUCAAGCUGUUGUCAAAGGAGAGCCCGAGCUGAACAUGUUGCAGCAGUUUGGCAGAAUAGUGCGAGGGGAGGGCUGGUUUGGCCUCUACCGAGGGAUGGCACCCAACUUCAUGAAGGUGGUGCCAGCCGUCAGCAUCAGCUACGUCGUCUACGAGCAUAUGAAACACUUACUAGGAGUCACCUCGAAGUAACUGGUUUCCUGGCAUGAUCCUCAUCAUCUCCAAACAAAGAAACAGCAGUUUAAGGGAAGUCUCGAUCCAAGUCAGGAAGAAUUCACUCCUUGGACCUCAAUGGUCGACGACUUUUCUACCACUGAGCCAGUUUCAGAUCAGCAAAAUGGCCUUUAGGUCCGCUCAAGGUAUUGUGAUAGCACAACCCUAAUCCCGUCCCCACACAAACAUAUUGCAGUGGAAGUCAUUAAGUUAUUGCCACAGAAGAUUUGUCCUGGCAGAAUAAAAGGCACGGACAGAGAUUGACAAUAAGACAUGAGGAGAGGUUGACAAUGGGACUCAAUGCAUUAUGCAUUCUUUGAGAUGCACUUGAUUUGCCACACUGCACGUUUCCUCUUUGUUUGGAUAGCUUGGUAAUGCAUGAGAUAUCUAUUGCUGAAUGUAUGUCAAUACACUGUAUGUAUAUAAUAACAGCAUUAAUAAUUUAGUAAAUGCAUUUGCUCCAAAUCUCUCACUGCUCUAUGCUGAGCCUGUGAGACUGUUGCCUUGGUACAAGUCACUUCCUAGAAUUCUAGUUUCUAACCUCUUUGACGCCCUCUCUGCUGUGAUGCGCCAAGGGCAUCAAACUUCUGUUGUGACAUAUCGCAACAGUUUACAGUGACGCGAAGCCCAAGCCAUCCGCAGAACAAAAGUUGACACCGUAGAGAUCAGGGUGUGUGAACAGCAGCCAGGAUUAGCUUAAUGGGCGUACUGCAAGGGGGGAGAGAGGCGGAGGGUUUUAAGGGGGGAAUUCCACAGCUCUGGGGCUCGGCAACUGAGGUCACCUGGUGAACUCCUCAGCUGUGUGUGGUUUUGGGUUGGAGUCAGGUAGGACAUCACCUAACUUGUCAUAUUAAACAACCGUGAAACAGGAAGUGAUGUUUAUCAUCAUGCACAAGGGUGAUCAUGUGAUAUUCCCUGCAUGGCCACCAGUCAACAGCGGCUAGCCUGCUGAACUUCGUCGGGGUUUCUGCAGAUUCACUGGUGCACACUGCUGCUGCAAGAUACCAGUGAGGCAAGGCCAAUUGCACAAUUCCAGACAUCCCACCCGGCAAAAACUCAUUUCAGGGAGGUCUCAACCUCAUAGCAGUCUGUGUCAAUGAAUUUAUUAAUUUUGCAAGACAUCAGAUUCACAAGUGUUUUGUGAGACAGCUGACUUCUGAAUUCUGUCUUAGUGUGGUGUACCAUGCUGAAUGCCCUUUCUACAUCACAAUUAGAAUUUGGCAGCACCGAAAGCAGCUUCAUCAACUGGCAGAACUCUUUGAAUCUCAACUGCCCUGUGCUCACAGAUUUUACUUUGGACAGCUUCCCCCAAGUAUGUUUUAUAUUUUCUUUUUUUGGAGCACUCUGCCAUGGCGCUGCAGGACACUAAACUGAACUGAUGGACAAUGAAAGAGAGAGGGAGGUCGACUGUAAAGCCCGCCCACAGAGAAAACUGAUAGGUCUACUUAGCACAAAGAGAGACCAAUCAGGAUGCUCAUUCUCUCUCUCUCUCUUUCUUGCUGGCUCUCUCGCUCUCUUGCUCUCUCACUCUCUCCCGCUCUCUGUCAAAAAAAAAAUCGAUUUCAGGGAUAUUGUAUAUAAUUUGCGGGCGUCAGGGAGCCGCUAUCAAUAUGCGGGAGACUCCUGGAACUUCCGGGAGAGGUAGGAUGUCUGCAGUUCUACCAGAACCAACAAUUCAGUCUCCAAAACUCUCUGAAAUAGAGAAUUCCAAAGAUUCACAACCUUCCAGUUUAUCCCCAUUUCCAACUGAUAUUUUAUUUUCCAACGUGAUUUUAAGGUGAUUAGAGGAAAGUACGGUGGGGGAGGGGGAUGUCAGAGGGAAGUUUUAUCCCACAGAGAGUGAUGGAUGAGUGGAACACAUUGCCAGAGGUGGUGGUAGAGGCAGGUGCUGAAGGGGCAUUUAAGAAGCUCUUAGAUAGGCAUGUGGAUAAUAGAAAAAUGGAGGGCUAUGUAGGAGGGAAGGGUUAGAUUGAUCCUGGACUAGGUUAAAAGGUUGGCACAGCAUCAUGGGCCAAAGAGCCUACACUGUCUAAUACUGUUCUGUGUUCUAUGAUACUCUUGCCCUUUGUUACUUCAACAAUGAGGCCCUCUGUUGGUCAGAGUCGACCAUGGAUGUUGUGUCCCAACUGUCCACAAGAUAGGCAAGCCAGGGCAGUACGCUAUGGACAGCAAGCUCCCCCUCUCCACGCAGCUGAUACAUCCAAAGCUCAAUACAGUCUCGCACCAGUGAUGUUGCAGGAGUUGCCAGGCAGUGUGGAACUCAAUGUUACGACUGCCUUAUGGACUCCAGCUCCAGAUAUUUACUCAGGGUUACUCCUGAAACCUUCCUCAUGAGUGGGUAUAGCCACAAGGCAGCGGAGGUUUGAGGUCAGAGUUUUCCUUUUCCUAGAUGAGCUGCUAAGCACAGCUGACGAACCCCAUCAGCCUGAAGCAACUAGUUUUAAGGUGCCAGUAACCCACCUUUGCCCCCUCUCCUGUCAGGCAAAACGGUUGCACCGGGCUUAGAAGCUAAGCCACACAUAAAGGCCAGGAGCUGGACUUGGUUGUCAGAGGCUAUUUGAGAUGCACGCCAUUGGGAGCAUUUAAUGGGCAGUGGGAGCUUAUCCCCAGUUCCACCCCCGGCUAUAACAACCUUACAGAACUACUUAAACAAUACCGUUCAGUUAUAGAUACCCCAAAAAUUACAUAUACUUGCAGCAUCUAUUUUGAUGAUUUGCCUUAGAAUCUUAAGCAUUUCAAUAGAAUUAUUUCUUAAUAUCUGUGAAUUAAUACCAAUCUGCCUACUCUUUUCUCAUUAGAAACUCCGUCAUCUCAGGAAUUAACCUGGAAUUCACCAAACUGCCUCCAAUGUAAAUCUGUUCUCCUUCAAUGAGAUCUAAUUUGUAUACCGUCUUUCAGGUGUCAUCUCACCAAUACAAUUGACCUUUUCUGUGUUAUUCAUUCAGGUUAUAAACAAUGGAGGCCAAGCCGACCAUUGUAGCCUCCCACUAUUUCCAGCUUGCCAAGUUUUUUUGUUGACUGUUGUCUACAAAUGGUUCAAAUUAAUAUCAGAGAAUGUAUACAGUACACAACCUGUAAUUCUUACUCUUCACAGACAUCCAUGGAGUAAGAACUCCAAAGAAUGAAUGAUUGUAACAUCAGAACUCCAAAGACCCUCCACACACACACAGAAGCAUCGACCUUCCCUUUCCUCUCCCCCCCCCCCCCCACUUGUACCAGCAGGAGCACUGACCCUCCACCCCAUCCCCAUCAGGCAAUAGCAAAAGCCCCCAAAGAGAUCUUGGAUCGAGAGGCCAUCAAAAACUACAGUCCAUAACCCAGCAUUUCGGUAUCUCAGACAGGCUUUCCGUCCACUGAGGGAGAGAGAGAUCGCUCCUGUAACAAUGGGUGCGAAGGCUGGCAGCUCGCUGUUCUGAUGUAUGUGCUAAGUAAUCAGUUCAUGUUCAAAAAUUAACCCCAGAACAGUGAGCUGAGAUCUUACAUAGAACAGUACAACACAGGAACAGGCCCUUUGGACCACAGUGCUGUGCUGAAGCAGCUAAUAAGUAAAUCAACCCCCCCCCCAAACUAAUCCCUCCUACCUACACAAUGUCCAUAUCCCUCCGUCUUCCUGAUAUUCAUGUGCCUAUCUAAAUAUCUCUUAAAAGCCUCUAAUGUAUUUGUCUCUACCGCCGUACCAGGCAGCGCAUUCCAGGCAUCCACCACUCUGAGUAAAAAACUUGCCCCUCAGAUCCCCUUUGAACCUACCCCCUCUCACCUUCAAUGCACUCCGUCUGAUUUAGACAUUUCUACCCUGGGAAACAGAUACUCCCUGUCUACCCUCUCUAUGUCUCUCAUAAUCUUAUAAACCUCUAUCAGAUCUCCCCUCAGCCUCCUGUCCCAGCUUAUCCGGCCUCUCAUGAUAGCAUAUGCCUGCUAAACCAGGCAGCAUCCUGGUAAACCUCUUCUGCACCCCUCCAAAGCCUCAACAUCCUUCCUGUGUUGGGGUGACCAGAACUGUAUGCACUACUCCAGAUUGACCUAACCAGAGUUUUAUAAAGGUAAUGUUUGGUAGGCCAUAAUGUUGCUCCUAAGUGAAAUUCUUUUGGAAAUAUAAGUAUGCUAUCUAUUGUUUUACUGUCAUCCAUCCUGCUCAUUACAUCCUCUAAUAAAAUUGUUUUCCUUUCAUGAAAGCACCUUCUAGAGUCAUACAGCAGAGAAGCAUGUCCUUUGGCUCACUGAGUUUACACUGAUCAUCAAACAUUUGUAUACACUAAUCUCAUACCAGUCCGAUUUCACUCUUGCAUUCUUAUCCAUUCCCUCCCAGAUUCCACCUCUCACGUGCGCUCUAAGGGGGAAUUUACAUUUGUCAAUUAAACAAUCAAUUUGCAUAUCUUUGGGUUGUAAGAGGAAACAAGGAGCACCAGGAGGAAACCCAUGCGGUCGCAGGGAGAACUUGUAACCUCCACACAGACAGCGCCAGCAGUCAGGACCGAACCGGGAACCACAGGAGCUGUGAGACAGGGGUGCUAUUUGCACCGCUGUACCACCCAAGCUUGAUUCUGCUUGAUUGUAUUAUGGUUCUUUGAAAAUCGUGCUGAAUAAAGGACUCCAACAUUGUCCUGAUGACAAAUAUCACAUUAAUGGCCUUGCGUUUCCUUCUUUCAAACUCACACUUCUCUGAAAGACGUGCUGUAUUUUCAUUUAUCUGAUUUCCUGCAAAUUCACAUAAAUAAAGGUAUUUUAGAUGACUACAGCUGAUGCAUCAUCUAAGCAUGUGGCCAUUUCAUUUAAAUCCUAGAAUGAAAAUCAUCAUGUCUAGGGGGACAUGUAAUCCUUAUUGCGCCAUGAGUUUACCUAGUAUUUUUUUUUCCCUAAUGACUUUUCUCAGCUUCUCUCUUUUAGUUUUCUACCAUAUUUAGAACAGUUUUUGUCUUGGUCCCUUCUGGCCAUCCGCCACCUUGCUAUUUACCACAGGAAUUGGGCCUCAAUCACCUCAUUUAAUUUCCAAUCAUUCCCAGGUUCCACUAACUACACACAGCUGCUUCCCAUCAGAAACUGCAGGAUAAAGACCCCGUGAUCACAACAAGGAGCUGCCAGUUUGCUGGUCAACUCAUGUACGAGUAACCUCGUUCCAUGGUUCUUAGGACUGUCAGUUCUACGUCUAGCAUCGUUCCUGAAUUUGUUACUAAAACCAAGCCUCCUGGUAAAGACUCUCUUGGACACCAAUUCCAGGCCCGCUACGACCGUAACGCCUCCUGACUCAGCCUCCGCUCCUGUGUUCAGCACUUGGGUUCGUUCCACCACCUCGUCCUUGCAACAGUUUUAGUAUCUUACUCAUCUACCUACCUACUGCCCAUUACACUGCUGGCGUUUAGGGCAUGAAGGUCUUCCAUCUCUGGCGGCGUUCAGGGCUUCCCUCAACGUGCCAGUAGAUUGGUUUUCACUACUGUCAGUCACGCAAGUCUGGGAGGAGACUCAGGAAUACUGUCACACUCAGAUGUAUAAAGAUUCUUCAUUGCUGUUUCUGUAACAAUUUAGUUUGACUAGUUAGGGUUGUUAGCCCUGAGCUAAACUCCCCGAACCUGUAGGAUCAGGGGACAACUCUGUCCUCUACCCUUUGACCUGUUUGGCAUGGGUGACCCCACCAAGAGCCAAAGCAUAAAGCCCUGACUCCAGCCGACAGAGUUCUCCAGGUCGUUGAGGCAUGCAAGCUCCAAACACUAUGACAACAUUGUGAUCCUCUUGGAGGUUCUAUCAUGAAGCUGUAUUUAAAAAUAUUUGUUGAAAACCUCUGCCAUCUCCGUUCUUUCCAAUAUUAAUUCCCCAAUCUCAUCUGUUAGAUUCUUGCAAGAUGCUCUGGCUUUUUCUCUUUCAUUAUAUAUCCUUUUCCAAAAGUUCACAGUAAUUUUAUUGUCAAGGUGCUCAAUUCUAUUAUUAAAUCAUUUGCUGUUUUGCUGACUAAAUCUACUCUCACUCAUUUGUUUGCAUCAUCCUCUAUUGGUUCCUAAAUCUUUCCAGUUUUCUGGCCUACUGUUAAUUUUCACAUCCCAUGCUAUCAUUUUAAUUUGAUACCAAACUUUGUUAGUUACCCACAGGUCAAUCAACAUUUUAUCACUUCCUCCCUCACUCCAUUCAGGGCCCCAAACAGUCCUUCCAGGUGAGGCAACACUUCACCUGCGAACCUGCUGGGGUUACCUAUUGUGUCCAGUGCUCCUGGCACAGCCUCUUCUAUUUUGGUGAGACCCAUCAUAAAUACAGGGACCACUUCAUCGAGCACCUCCGCACCAUCUGCCACAAGUUGGACUUCCUGGUGGCCAAAUAUUUUCAUUCCAAUUGCCUUUCCCGUUCCACUGUGCUGAUUCAUGGCCUCCUCUUGUGCCAGGAUGAGGUCACCCUCAGGGUGGAGGAGCAGCACCCUGUAUUCUGUCUGGGUAGUCUCCAACCUGAUGGUAUGAACAUCAAUUUCUCCUUUAGAUGAACAAUUCCCCCUUCCCCCACUUUAUUCCCCACUCGACCUUUUUCUUCUCACUCGCCUAUUACCUCCCCCUGGUCACCUCCUCCUUCCCUUUUUCCUAUUGUCCCCUCUCCUGUCCUGUCAGAUUCUUUCUUCUCCAGCCCUUGAACUUUCCCACCUGCCUGUCUUCACCUUUCCCCUCCCCCACAACUUUUAAUUCAGGUAUCUCGCCCCCUUCCCUCGCAGUCCUGAAGAAGGGUCUUGGCCCAAAACGUCGACUGUUUAUUCAUUUCCAUAGAUGCUGCCUGAUCUGCUGAGUUCCUCCAGCAUUCUGUGUGAGCUGCUUUGCAGAUGUUCUCGUGUUUUUAUUGACACUUCCCUGUCUUUAUGGAGAAUGUUUCCUUAAAUAUCUGUUGCAAUAUUUAUUGUCUUUUUAAAAAAUCUCUUUUCCUUUGUAAUCGCCUUAAUUUAAACUGAAGACAGCAGUUUCAGACCCAAGUUUCUCCUCAAACUGAAUAGGAAAUUCUAUUAUUUUAUGAUCACUAUUCUCUAGAAGAUACGCAAGAAUAGGACCAAUAAUUCAUUGCACGUGACUGAAUUUGAAAUAGCAUAUUUCCUGGUAGGUUUUGCAACACAGACUAAUCUAGGAAUCUGUUCCAAUUACACUCUAUUAACCUCAAGAUUACCUUUGCCAAUUCAAUUUUUACAAUUUAAAUGAAGAUUAAUAUUAUGUAUACUAAUUGCAGUCUCUUCCUUACAAUGUCCUCAGUAUUCUCUGCCUUAUUAAAUAUAUACAUUUAGAGGCCCUAUAGACGACUCCCACUAAAUUUCUUCCCUUAGUUCUUCAUAUUUCUACCCCAAACGAUUCUGUCUUACAUGCCAAAUUCAUUUCUCACUAUUGUACUAAUCUUAUCCUUUAAUUGCAAUGAAGGAUAUUAAUGAUCUAUGAUGCGGAGAUGCAUCCUAGGAUGUGCUGUGGCACAUAAUCAGUGAUGUAACCGGGGUCAUCGGGAAUGUUCCCUCUAAGGUGUGUGCGCACACAUCUUUUGCUACGAGAGCACAAAGGAAUUAAAACUGCGCACAAAAGGUUGCCAUCCUCUGCCUUGUUGGCAUGUUAAGUAUAUUUCACGAUUGUACACAAUCACAUUUCCUUUUCCGGUUUCUGGUGCAGACAGUACUGACAGCAUGGAGUUUGCGAUGAUUUGUCUGCAGAUUUUAGAAUUGGCUUAUGUAUACUGUUUUUAUUGAAGGAAUUAUUGAUUCACUAUGAAUUCCAAAGAAGCAAAGGGCGUGAAGCACAAAAGAACUGCUAGUUCACUUAAGACAGAAUGGCUUAAUGAAACAGUAGAAACUGCUACAUUGAAAGCUCAUGAGGUCAGGAACAUGCAGCUACGAGAAAUAUUUGUGUCAUACAGAAACUGGUGUUACCUGCGUGUAUUGUUGUGAUGCAAAAGUUGCUGGAGAAUUUGCAAGUGGGAAGAAGUGGAAUGAUAUUUGGAAACUUGACUUUUUAAUGCGUCAUUUAGCAAGCAAAUCACAUAUGGAUGGUAUGCAAAAGCUCCAGCAAGAAAAUCCUUCAUUACCCACUACAGGUCUGCUACGUACAUUUUGUGAGAGUGCAGAUGAACAAGAGUGAAAGUGGUCAAACCCAGAGGAGAUCAAAGUUCUUAUUGACAGUUAUAUUAUUUCUUUUAAACAAUGAACAACAAACUGGACUUGGGAGUUUAUUGUCCUUAGAAUAGCUUCAGGAAUACUUCCACUUAAAAAUUCAGUGCGCACGUGUUGUUGUCAAUGGGCAAAAAAUUGCACGGCACAAGAUUUUUGCACACACUGGUCAUUACAAAUUAGAGGGAACAUUGGGUGUUUUGAGUCUUUCAGCAUCCAGGCAACCCAACCAGGCUUGAAAAGGCCCUGGCUUGUGCCCCAGCAGCACUGGUCCACGGGUUACAUCUCUUGAUCCAUAGCCAUCUGGAGACCUACUCAGCAGCCUCUGUGAUGGUUCAGGUGGCUCUUUUCUUUGCAGCCGCCCAUAAUGCUAAAGAUAGAGUAGGUUCUACACCGCAAGCAGCCAGCAAAACCUCUGCACCCCAUCUCUAUCAGCUCACAUCAUUCCCUGCCUCCGCCUCUGACUCUGGCAUGGCUCUACCGGCUGCUAGUAUUUGGCUACGAUAGAGACACCUCCCCCCACCAAAUAAAAAGGAACUUGGCAAAAGAUUGCAUUUUAUAAGACAACAGAUGCCCAACUAGAAGUUGGACUAUUCGCUGUUAUAUGUAGGGUGUAACUGGACUUAAAAUAGUGAUUAAAUCCUGAUAGCAUUAAUACUAAACUAUCUUAAGACACACUUUCACAGGGCUCAGUGUAUUGGCAUUGUACAACAGUCCUGUCUACAUGUAAUGUCUCACUUUCCAUUCCCAUUGACAUUCGUUAAUCUUAUCAAUCUUCCUUUCUAAUGUGGUUUCUCCAUGCUUUCUGAUUCGUAGCGUUUACAGAGUCAGCCAUGUCUCAAUGGAAUAUUCUCCUAACUUGGUCAAAUGAGGAUCUCCCUCCCACUCCUCCACCUUUUAACUCUACUCCUCAUCUUUUUCUCUCCAGUCCUGCUGAAGGGUCUCGGCCCGAAACGCCAGCUGUAGUAUUUUCCAUAGGUGCUGCCUGGCCUGCUGAGUUUCUCCAGCCUUUUGUGUGUGUGUUGCUCGGAUUUCCAGCAUCUGCAGAUUUUCUGUUGUUCGGUGGUGAACAAUCUUGAGGGAAGAACAAGGUGUACUAUCUAAAUAACCUCCAAAGGCAGUUCAUGAGGAACUCCAAAUGUUCGGCCACUAUUUCACCCAGUCAACGUCGUCUCACUGCUAAUCCCACUGACCCCGCUGUAAUCAGUGGUGAGAGGCACAAGUAUCUGUGCUGGGCUCAUUGUUGUUCAUCAUUUAUAUCAACGAUUUGGAUGAGAAUGUUCAAGGCAUGGUUAGUAAGAUUGCAAAGUAUUGAGUAGAGAUGGGAUGUUAUGUUGAAGUUGUAUAAGACAUCAGUGAGGCCUAGUUUUGAGUACUGUGUGCAGUUUUGGUCACCUACCUACAGGAAAGAUGUAAAUAAGGUUGACAGAGUACAGAGAAAAUGUAUAAGGAUGUUGCCGGGUGUGGAGGACCUGAGUUAUAAGGAAAGAUUGAAUAUGUUAGGAUUUCACUCCUUGGAACAUAGAAGACUGAGAGAAGAUUUGAUAGAGGUAUACAAAAUUAUGAAGGCUAUAAAUAGGGUAACUGCAAGCAGGCUUUUUCCUUUGAGGCUGGGUGAGUCUACAACCAGAGGUCAUGGGUUAAGGGCGAAACGUGAAAACUUUAAGGGGUACACGAGGGGAAACUUUUUCACUCAGAGAUGUUGUGAGAGUGUGGAAUGAGCUGCCAGCAAAAGUGGUGCAGGCAAGCUCGAUUGAAGCUCUAAAAUGUUUCAAAGUAACGGUUGUGGCAUGUUAUUUAGAAAAUUUUUGGAUUAUAUCAUUAACAUAAUUAAUUACAGGAUAUUCAUCAAUUACAUUAACAGAUUUCAAAAUUAUAUUAACAUAAUUUCAAAGUUUUUUUUAAACACGAAAAUUCCAGCUACAUGGCAAUGAAGAGUAUAUGUGCAGGAGCAUUUCGAUUAUCGCAUGGUCAUGAACCCACACAGCUUAGAGGGAACAGUGGAUGACUGAAAUACUAUUGAUGCUGUCGUUGACAGUGAAGAAGAUUAUCAAAAUGUCCUGAUGAAAGUCUGAGCCUGAAAUGCCAACUGUUUCCAAUUGUAACCAAUUUCCCCUGGGAUCAAUAAAGUAUGA